ACCACACAGAAACAGUUACAUCAGCAGUUUACGUUGAUAAGUUGACCUUUUCCCCCCCAGCUUUCUUUCUGUACUUCCUCUGAUAUCCAGUUUGCUGCAGUUUUUCCUUCACCGCAGACUCUCUAAAGAUAAUAAACCAUGUCGAGCAACACUUCAAAAAGAGAAAAGAGAUUUCUCUUUACCUCAGAAUCUGUUGCAGAAGGACAUUCUGAUAAAAUGUGUGAUCAGAUCAGUGAUGCUGUUCUUGAUGCACAUAUCAGGGUUGAUCCAGAUGCUAAGGUUGCUUGUGAAUGUGUGGCCAAAACUGGGAUGAUCUUGCUGUGUGGAGAGAUCACUUCCAAAGCUGUAGUGGAUUACCAGCAAAUUGUGCGAGAGACCAUUAAGAGAAUAGGCUAUGAUGACUCUUCAAAAGGAUUAGAUUAUAAGACAUGUACCGUGCUGGUAGCUCUAGAACAACAGUGUAAAGAAAUCAAACAUGCUGUCUCCCAUGGCAAGAGUGAAGAUGACAUCGGAGCUGGGGACCAGGGUUUGAUGUUUGGUUAUGCCACUGAUGAAACUGAGGAAUGCAUGCCGCUAACACUCCUACUUGCACACAAACUUAAUGCAAAGAUAAAAGCCCUGGAGAGGAAUGGAACAUGCCCCUGGGUUAGACCAGAUGGGAAAACACAGGUCACAAUGGAAUACAAGGAAAACAAGGGUGCAGUGGAGCCGUUCCGUGUGCACACAUUAGUGAUCUCAGUACAUCAUGCACCUGCUAUGCCUCUACAACAGAUGCGGAAAGAACUAAUGGAAAAAGUUGUCAAAGAAGUUAUUCCAGCAAAAUAUCUAGAUGAGAACACAAUCUACCAUCUCCUUCCAAGUGAAGUAUUUAUAGAAGGGGGUCCUAAGAGCGAUGCUGGACUGACUGGCCGAAAGAUCAUUGUUGAUACUUACGGAGGCUGGGGAGCUCACGGAGGAGGGGCCUUCUCUGGGAAAGACCCUUCCAAAGCUGAUCGCUCUGCAGCAUACGCCGCUCGCUGGGUUGCAAAAUCUCUAGUGAAAGCAGGUCUCUGUAGAAGAGUACUGAUCCAGCUGUCUUACGCAAUUGGUCUGAGCCAUCCUCUAGCCAUUUCAGUGUUCCACUAUGGCACUUCAGAUAGACCAGAAGAGGAGCUGCUUGAAAUUGUGCAGAAAAACUUUGAUCUACGCCUUGGAGCCAUUAUAAGGGCACUGGAUUUGAAGAGACCAAUAUAUCAACAGACUGCAUGUUAUGGGCACUUUGGAAGAGAAGAAUUUACAUGGGAAAUACCAAAGAAGCUUGUGUAUUAAGCUUCUCCAAAUCCAAAUUAAGCUUGUAAUGGAGAAUCUUUUUAAUGAGCAGAUAUGGUUGUGGGCUCAGUGGCGCUUUAAGCUGAAAACAUACAACUUAAUAUAAUAGAUAAUUGACAAAAUGAUUAAUAAUAGCAUUAAUGAAACAUUGUACUCACAGACUUUAUUUAAUGGGACUUCUGCUGCAUCUUUUCACACAUUUCUUUGAAGUUUCCAUCAUAACUGGUCACAUAACCUCAGUCAUGCAGAACACAACGUAAUCCACAGCCUACAAAACAAUUCUAACAUCAUAAUCCAAGAGGCUGACAAAGGGACGCUGUAGUAAUCAUGAACAGAAAGUGACCAGACAACUCAUCAAUGCCAGAUUCUACAAGCCUCUCUCCUGUGAGCCCACUAAAGAAUACCAAAAAAACCUGAAACAACUGCUCAUGAAGCUGCCUGAUGCUGCUCAGGACCAAAUUUACACUAACACCGCCCCUAAUCCCUGACCAGGAGUUUUCUAUCUGCUACCUAAGAUACACAAACCUGGAAGUCCCGACAACCCAUCAUCUUAAGCAUUGGCACACUUACAACAGGAUUAUCUGGCUAUACUGACUCUCUCCUCAGGCCUAUGCUACCAGCACUCCUAUCUACCUUUGCGACGCCACCGACUUCCUGAGGAAAAUACAAAACAUUAGUAAUCUACCUGAAAAUACCGUCUUGGCCACCAUGGACGUAGAAGCUCUUUACACCAACAUUCCACAUGAAGACAGAUUACAAGCUAUCAGGAACACCAUCCAUGAUGACAGCAUUGCACACCUGAUUACAGAGCUCUGCGACAUUAUCCUCACCCACAACUACUUCUGAUUUGGAGACAAUUUGUAUCUUCAAGUUAGGGGCACAGCCAUGUCUUCUCACACCCAGCGCCUCUGUACUGCCAGUGCCAAGCAUGCCCUGGCUCCUCACACCCAGCGCCUCCUGCCGUGUUAGUGCGAAACACCCCCGGCUUCUCACACCCAGCCCUCCUGCUCUGCCAGUGCCAAAUACCCCUGGCUCCACAACCACAUUAGCCACAGAUCAGAGGCUCAUUUAACUGCACACAUCCACUAAUGUGAUCUAUGCCAGCAAUGCCCCACUACAAUGUAUAUUGGCCAAACUGGACAGUCUCUGUGGGAAAGAAUUAAUGGACACAAAUC